UGUACUAAAUUCUCGCGGCGAAAAAAUGGUAUUAAAAUGAAGGAGGAGGGCGAGAGCGGGGUCGUUUGACAUUGUCUCCGCUUCCUGCGUAAGGUGAUGUGUGAUACAGAUAAGCAUUUGCUGAGUUCAGCUUCUCAUUUGGACAAAUGGGGUUUAAAGUCAACUUGUAAACCAAGCUGCUUCGCUAGCUUGCUAGGGUUUCCCCGAGUUAUAAGAAGAAGGCCCCAUUGGAGAGAGGGACAGAGGGGCUAUAGCACCAGAUAAAAGAGAUGCUGAAGCUUGUUGAGAAGGAUCUGCCACAUCCCCUUCAAAUGCGCUUCUUCGACAUUCUCCAACAGGAGGCUCAAGAAAUAUCCUCCUCAAACUCUUCCAAUGAAGAGGCCGAAGAACCUCAGCUCGUGUCUCUUUGCCUCGGAAGCAGCCAACGUACGCAUGACAAGAAGGAAACGAGCGAGUCCGACGAUCCUACACAAGACAUCAAGACCAGCCUCACUCUCGGGUUGGACUUGAAGAGUGAAUUCCCGUCAAAGCUAGCCCUAGAUCAUCGUCGCAAGAUCCAGUUGGAAUCGGAAGCUCCGGAUGAAGAAGGAGGGAGAGAAACUUGUCUGUCAAGUAAGACUCGGAAGACGACUUGCGAUGGUGAAGAUAACGAGGUUCCACAGCAAGAGCAAGUGAAGAGAGCUAGGGUUUGUGUGAGGGCCAGAUGUGACACAGCGACGAUGAACGAUGGAUGUCAAUGGAGAAAAUAUGGACAAAAGAUCUCCAAAGGGAACCCCUGUCCCCGAGCAUAUUACCGUUGUACAGUUGCCCCGGCAUGCCCCGUCAGAAAACAGGUCCAAAGAUGUCCUGAAGACAUGUCCAUAUUGACCACCACCUAUGAGGGCACUCACAACCACCCAGUUCCCAUUUCAGCCAGAGCCAUGGCUUCCACCACCUCGGCCGCUGCUUCCAUGCUCUUGUCUUCCUCUUCAACCUCGACCUCUGAUCAAUCCAGACUCUCUGGUUCCACAUUCCACGCAGCCCUAAGCUUCAGACCGUACGACAGUUAUUCAAGAAGCAGGCCCAUCUUGCUCCAGCCUUCCUCGGCUUUGAACCCGACAAUCACUCUAGACCUCGCUCAUGAUGCGCCAUCAUCCACUUCGACCAUGGGCCACUUCAAGUCCAAGUCCAACCUUGGGCCGGCAUCUUUAUUGGGCCACGAUUACGGGAGUGGCCGUCCCAUGUUGUUGCCUGGUUAUGUCAGGGCCCAAGCUGGGCCCAUCGGCCUGGAGAAGCAGCCCCAGCGAGGGCAGAUGAAUCCCAGCACCGCCGUGGACAAGGACCAACAAAUUUAUUCUCAACAGUCCCUGACGGAGACCCUGACCAAGGUGCUCACGUCUGACCCCAGUUUCCGGUCGAUUGUGGCGGCGGCAAUUUCGUCCAUGGUCGGAGGUGAUAAGGCAUCCACCGGCCAAGGCGAAACGGGAAAAUUUGGCCCGGCCGGACUAUGAAACAUGGAAGAGAGACACGACGACGUUUCCCGUUUUCUCGUAGGCGACUGGCUUGAACGAGACUCUACAAUAAAAGAAAUCCUUCUCUGG